AAGAUGUGAAUGUAGGAAAAGAGCACCCGAUACGCGCAGACCAUCUGUGUUGCAGUGUCUCACUCAGUGUGUCAAAUAUUAAUUUGCACGGCCCACUUAGCCAGUACACUAAAGUAGGAAUUGCGUAAUUAAGUUCAACAUAAUAUUUAAGUCGCGGUUGAGUAUUCGGACGUUAAACAUGAGUUUGAGGAAGUUUAAGUAAUAGCACUGAGGUAAUGAUGUUUGUAAUAAAACUCAGUGCUAGAUUUUCGACAACGCAGCAACUUCCAAAAAAAAACGUCGAAAAAAGGCACCAUGACGACGAAGCAAUGUUUAGAAUUGAAUUUACAUAAAUAAAACGUUGCAAGCACGUGUUUUGUAUUUACAUAGGGUUACACAGAAUUACUUAAGGUAAAUUCAAAACUGAUGCAUGUGUAUAAUUUUAUCCUAUAAAUAAAUUUUAUAUGGUCACCACAUUAGACAAGGACACCGCGACCAAAAAGUAUUCUCUUUCGAGACCGAUUUCUCGGCAUCAGACAGCACUCCAGUUGUAGGUACUUAUUAACUCCAUGGUAAUCAGUCACUUGUCAGACAUUGUCAAAUUGUUUUAAACAUCUGUUUUCAUUAUCAAAAAACAGUUCAUCUAUUUAGAAAACAACAACAAAAUAAUUAAAAGUGAGAUCAUUUGAAGUUAUAUUCGGAAUAACUAUCGUAUUGUCUUAUUUUAGAAAUAUUAUGAUGAACAUUUUUGUGAAUUAAUUUCUCGAAAAUAACUAAAUGUUUAAUAGUUUUUCAAUAUGUCAGAAAAAACUAGUAGUCGCAUUUUCUCAGGCAGCAGGGUUUUAGGUUAUGUUAGUACACAUGUGCCGUGUGUUGCUAGAUAUAUCCAAAGACGUGGUGAAACAAUACUUUGUACGAGCGUAGGAAAGUGGUUUCACACUUAUGGCUGUAACAAAUUCCGCUUGCUUAGCGUUAGUGGUGAGCAUCCAGGACCCAUAACAUGUAUGGUUGGAGACAAAUAUCAUGUCUACACUGCAAGUGAAAAUAACAUUUAUGCCUGGAGACGUGGUUGCGAAUUAACGCAUGUGUAUAGAGGACACAAUGCUUCCAUUAAGUUGAUGUAUCCUUUUGGCCCUCAUCUUAUAUCAAUAGAUGAAGAAAACAUUUUGAAAGUGUUUGAUAUCAAAGAAGAGACAGUAGUACUAGAAAUACCAUAUGAAAAGAAAGUAUUUGACAUAACCACUAUAUGUCAUCCUCCUACAUAUUUAAACAAAGUUCUCUUGGGCAGCAAACAAGGCAGAUUACAGUUAUGGAAUUUAAAUACAUCAAAAUUAGUUUAUACUUUUAAUGGCUGGAACUCUUGCGUUAAAAUUACGGAGCCAGCUCCUGCAAUCGAUGUUGUUGCGAUAGCUUUAGCGAAUAACAAGAUUGUGCUUCACAAUUUGCGUUAUGAUCAACUUGUUAUGGAGUUCACCCAUGACUGGGGAAAGGUCACUUCUCUGUCAUUUCAAAUAAACGGCACACCUAUUAUGGUUACCGGAAGCUCUGCCGGUCAUAUAGUUACAUGGAACUUAGAAGAAAAGAGAGUUCAUACACAGAUGGAGUCUGCUCAUAAUGCUAGUGUAGCAGGCUUGCACUGUAUGUUAUCGGAACCAUUGAUGGUAACAAAUUCUGAGGACAACUCUCUGAAGCUAUGGAUAUUUGAUAUGCCUGAUGGUGGAGCUCGACUUUUGCGAAAAAGAGACGGACCCGCUCUCCCUCCAAAUUAUGUAACAUAUUGUGGCUUAACUGGAGAUAAUCUUUUAGUAGCUGGAAGAGAUAGUAGCCUCUACAUUAUGAAUACUAUAUCAGAAACAUUCAAUAAGAAUUUGGGGAGAGCUUCUCGUAACAGAAAGGCUUCCAAGAAAAAAAAGAGAAGUCAAUAUGAUCCAUUGAUCAUGCCGCCAGUCACAAGGCUUAGCCUAUGCAUGCAAAGAGAUAAACAGUGGGAUAGUGUAGCAGCGAUUCAUAGGAACUUACAUUGGGUGACAACUUGGUCUUAUCAUAAAAUGAAAAUGGGUCAGCACAUACUGAAGGCUCCAGGCCUUAUAAAAGGAGAUGUUGCAACAUGCCUCACUGUCACUAACUGUGGAAACUUUGUUAUAAUCGGUUAUAGUAAUGGACAAGUACACAGAUUCAACAUGCAAUCAGGAAUACACAGAGGGACUUUUGGGAAUGAGAAGAAAAUAGCACACAAAAGUGCCGUCAGAGGAGUUGAGACUGAUUUAUGUAACCAAAAGGCUAUCACUGCAGGUGCAGAUAAUAAACUGAAAUUCUGGUACUUUAAGAAUUUAACUGCACCAUACUCAGUUAUGCGAUUAGAAGAGUCAGUUUCAAUGACUAAAUGCCACAGAGAGAGUGCCUUGUUAGCAUUGGCUAAUGAGGAUUUCAGUAUUACUAUAGUUGAUAUAGACACAGUGAAUAUAGUGAGAAAAUUUGAGGGACAUGCAGGAAAAAUAAAUGACAUUGAUUUUGACCACCAAAGCAGGUGGCUGAUUAGUUCUUCAAUGGAUUCUACAAUAUGUACAUGGGACAUACCUAGUGGUGAACUUGUAGAUAUAUUUGUAACUGAGCGACCAUGUACAUCCUUAAGCAUGUCACCUACUGGCGAUUACUUAGCCACGACGCAUGUCGGUGAUAUAGGAGUGUUUCUGUGGGCUAACAAACUUUUGUAUGAAAAGAUAUUCCUGAAACCAAUUGACCGAUAUUCUGUGGAUAUACCUAAACUUGCUCUGCCUACAUUGACACCAAAAGAUCCAUGUCAAAAUGAAACAGAAAUCAUUGAAGUCUGUGAAGAACCAGAAUACAAAUCUCCCAUCCAAAUCAGUGAAGAAUUAAUAACUUUGUCGAAUCAGCCAACGUCGCGAUGGUUGAAUUUAUUAAACCUCGAUAUUGUUAAAAAACGUAAUAAGCCAAAAACACCUCUGACAAUACCAAAAUCGGCACCUUUCUUCCUGCCCACCAUACCUAGCUUAGAGCUGGAAUUUGACGUAGAAAAAGAUAAAGAACACAAUAGUAAUUCUAAGUUAUUGAUACCCGAAUCUCUGUCGACGUUGUCAGCAUUCGCCAAGAAACUAGUAUCUUCUGAUAGUAAUGAAGACUUCAGUAAAUGCGUUGAGAUUUUGAAGUCUUUAUCCUCGUCGGCUAUUGAAGUCGAAAUCAACAGUAUGGCGCCUGACAUGGGCGGUUCUAUAGACGUAAUGGUUAAAUUCUUGCAAAUGUUAGAGACUACAUUGAACAGUAACAGAGAUUUCGAAUUAGCUCAAUCUUAUUUAAGUUUAUUUUUAAAAUCUCACACAAAGGUUAUAUCCGAGGAAAAAGAACUGCGUGAUUCAUUGAUUUCAGUAGAAGAAGCGGCCACAGAAUCAUGGUCGAAAUUACAAACUCAGUUGAUGUAUAAUAUCUGUAUAGUUAAGGCAUUAAAGGACAUGUAAUAAAUUUUACUUUUGUUCUUUUA